UUCCCGAAGCCCGAGACUUCUACCAUCACCCUCCCUUCGAAACCCACAGCUCGCCUUGGCUACACCUAUUAUGCACCAUCGAGCAUCUCCAGCCCAGCUCACCCUAAUCUUUUCGCACAAACGCUCGUCAUCUUCCUCAAUGGCCUCGGCCUUCCCCGCUCGUCCUGGACCUCCGCAAUCACCCACUUCCUCUGCGAACGCGCCUCCCUCCAUCUUCCCUAUCCCGCCCUUCUCACAUACGACCGCUAUGGCCAGGGGGACUCCGACCAAGAUCCGGACGAUCCCGAGCCCCCGCCAUGUCACGGGCAUGACGCCAUCUCCGCCGUCGACGCGCUCCACGAACUCGUCCUCGAGCUAUGGGACACCAAGAAACACGAAUGUGUGGACCCAAGCCUCCAACCCACAAUGUCUGCACUACCAGCCCUAAUCUUCGUUGGCAACAGUCUCGGUUGUGCCCUCGCCCGCCUCUUCGCCCAGCGCCACCCCGGAACUGUCUCGGGGCUCCUCUUCCUCGACUCCAUCAUGGCGAAUUCCGACUUUGUAUCGCUAUGGCCGGAUCCAGAUAUCCCUGGCUUUGAUCCAAAGAGUCUACCUGCCGGCGUGAGUAUGGACGAUGUGAGAAAAACGAGGGAGGAGUACAGGAAGAGGUUCCAUCCCGACGUACCUACCUUCGAGGGAUUGAGCAGGAAAAACCUACGGGAACUAUUACCCCUUGCCCACGGCCCCAAGCUCCCCCCGGGGCCGUAUCUGACGGUCGUGGGACAUGACUGGCUGACGUUUGCGCAGCAGUGUCAGGAUGGGCCGAUGCAUACGCCGCAGCCGCUGGUGAUGGCUUAUCUGAAUCCGACUUGGACGAGGUACAAUGAGGGUUUGGUCAAAAUUACCGAUGAGGAUAGGGCAAUUGGGCCCAUCAUAGCAGUUGGAUGUGGUCACUUCAUUCAAAAAGACGGGCCGCAGUUUGUUGCCGAGGAGUUGGCCGGUUUGUUGGAUAGAGUGGUGAAUCGGGUGGAGCAACUCAUGGAUCGG